AUGACCGCCCCCGCCGCGCAGGCGUGCGGCCUACAACGGCGGUUCGAGAGGACGGUGAUCCUGGGGGAUGAGGCUGGUGCGCGCCUCCCACCAAAACGGCCGGUUCGGAGUAGGACGGUGACCACUCUAGGGCGCAAUGCAGGAAGCCCCCCCCGGGGGUCCGCCCCCCCCUGUUCUCCACCAACCACGCUAGCGGGCGUUCAAUUAGUGGCCGCAGCCAGCAGGAGCCCCCCCCCCCACCGCCCCCAGCCCACAAUAAAGGCAAAGAGUCGCCCCCGAUUCCCCGGCCCCGCGGGGCUGCUCCCCCAACAACAGGGAAAGCAGAACCUGGAGCAGAUCCUCAUUGCGACCCACACGGCUCCGGUCCAUGGGGCGGUGGCGAAGCACAGGGUGGAGGAGCUGCCUGGACCCCCCCCACCUUCAGACGAGGACUUUACGAGGGGUCCCUGGCUGAGCAUGAAGACGGAGCUGGGGCUGGAUGAGGGGGAUCCCGGCUGCUUCCUCAGGACGUACAGCGUGGUGAUGGUGCUGCGCAAGGCAGCGCUGAAGCAGCUCCCGAGGAACAAAGUGCCCAGCAUGGCCGUGAUGAUUAAAAGCCUCAGCAGGAGCAGCAUCGAUGCUGGUGCUGUGUUCAGGGACCCGACUGGUGAGAUGCAGGGCACGUUGCAUCGCCUACUGCUGGAGCAGCGGCAGAGCGAGCUGAAACCUGGUGCUGUGUUACUACUGAAUCAGGUUGGGGUCUUCUCCCCCUCCCACCGCAACCACUACCUCAACGUCACCCCCACCAACCUGCUGCGCAUCUACAGCCCCGACCCCGACGUGGGGCUGUCACAGCCAGAGGUCUCGUUAUCCCAGCAGCGUCCUGCCCCGAUCCCAACCCACGUCCCUAUAUGUGGGGAUACGGGCAGCUCUGCCCCACAGCCCCCACCCCAAAGCUUUGGGCUGCACCCACAGAGAACAGAGCCCAGACAUCAGGAUCCUACAGGGAGCGAUGGCUGCGAGAUGGACGACCUGGAUGGGAUCCUGCGGGACCUCCCCGAGGAUUUCUUCUCAUCUGGAUGAUGGAUGACCCCAACCCCACAUUCGACCCCACAUUCGACCCCACAUUCAACCCCACAUUCAACCCCACAUUCAACCCCACAUUCAA